UGAAACCAUGAGUAGCAGCAGCAGCAGCAGCUCUCCAGUCAAAUCCACCGGCUCUCCUUUUAUCCAGAGCCUGAAACCUCGGGAAAGCCUGGCUUCCAUGGGCUCUGCAACCCAGCUUGUCAUAAAGGAUAUUGGAGAAAUUCAUUCAAGAUUGUUGGACCAUCGGCCAGUUAUUCAGGGUGAAACACGGUACUUUAUUAAGGAGUUUGAGGAAAAACGUGGACUAAGAGAGAUGAGAGUUCUUGAAAAUCUGAGAAAUAGCAUUUCUGAAACCAAUGAGCAUGCACUUCCAAAGUGUACAUCUGUAAUGCAAGACCAGCUGGCUUCAGUUCUUAAAAAAUUGGAAACUGCCAAUCACACCAUUCACAGACUGCAGCAAAGAGAACUGGAAAAUGCAAAGAGAAGCGCCUCAAAGGCAGGUGAGGAGAAGAUGCGUGCCCACUGGGAACCUGUCAUGAAGGAGCAAGAGCAGAAGCGCCAGACAGUUGAUGAAGAACACAGAAAAGCAGUAAUGCGCCUAAAGGAACAGUAUGUCACUAUGGACAAAGAGCUCUCUAAACAAAUUUCUUUUUAAGAACUUUAUUUUUGCACAUUAAGAACUAGCUUUCUUUUAUAUAUAGGACAGGUAUUUGUUUAAAGCACGACAAAAGCAUUACUAGGGCUCAUUCGUUACCUCAUUUUUAAGUGCCUGAGCUUAUGUUAGAAACGUUAGAAGAGAAAGCUUUGAGCAACUAUUAGCCAAUGAUAUAUUUUCUACAUGCCUUUUGUCUUGUAUACAAAAAAAAAAAGUUAUUUUGCAACAGGGUUUCUAGAAUUCCUUCUAUAUCCUAACCAGGUGUAGUUCUCUAAAGUAUUCUGUUUAUUUUAUUUAGCAUAAUGAUUAUGGAAUAUUCUUAAGCAAUAUAACAUUGGAGUACAGUAUUAUUACCAGUGUUUUAGCAAUAAAAUUGCAGUAAGUAAGUAAUAGCACUAGA